UGCUGCGCAGGUAAACAAACGCUUGAAGGACUUCUUGCUCCUUUUUUCUUUUAUUUUUAUUUGGCUUUUCUUAUUUCUUGGCACUUGUUUUUCCACUUUGCUCGUCUCGUCGUCGUCGUUGUCGUCGUUGCUGCCGUGCCGUGCCGCUGCUAGUGCUUACUCGUAAACAAUUUAUUUCCUUAUCAGUUUUAAAAAGAAACACAAAUUUUAGCAAGAUUUAAUUUAAGCAAACAAUAAAUUUGUAGAAAUUCCAAGUUCAAAAUAAACAAUAACAAUUAUGGCAACAUUACCGCCAAGGAAGAAUCCAACUCCAACAAGAAUCUCGAAGCAGCAUCUCACUCCGUUGCAGACUCUGCUACAGAUGGGUUUUCAAAAGCAUAGGGCUGAAAAAGCUCUGGCUUCAACCGGCAAUCGAGGAGUACAAAUUGCCUCCGAUUGGUUGUUGGCUCAUGUUAAUGAUCCAUCGAUAGACGAGUGUAUUCCACGUGAAUAUAUAUUGUAUGCUUGUCCGACGGGACCUUUUCUGCAUCAAUUGGAAGAGUUUUGGAACAAAUCACGCCUGCUGUGCGGCUGGAAUGGAGCACACAAUUAUGUACCGCACAUAACAUUGGUUUCAUUUUUUAAGGCUCCUGAUGAAUGCGCUUUACAAUUAUCAAAAGCCUUGAAACAAAUUGUUGACAUGGCCGGUGCCUUACUAGAUCGACCAAUUAAACUAGAAUUGUAUAUGAGUCCAAAUUUCAUGGGAUUUUUUGUUGCUGAAGAUGAUGCCAACUAUUUGAAGCGAUUGGCUUUGCAAUAUGUGAAAGAAUCAUCAAAUUCAAUAAUAAGUGAUACUUACGAACAACUUGAUGCAAUUGUGGCUUGCUUUCCAUGGUGUGGGGCAGUUUCUUCUGGUAAUCGAUGCAUACCGCGCAGCAGUCGAUCAAUAUCAUUGGAGCCGCACGUUAAAUCACUUCAUUUGACCUUAGCCUAUCAGUUCCCGCAGAGCCAAUUUAAUGCACUGAAAACAUUAGUGGAAUCAUUAGAUCCAUCUUGUGCAUCCAGUUGGGAACUUCGAUUGUAUUCGCGCGAUCCAAGACUAGCGACGAAACAAGUACACAAAGUUCUAUAUCCACAUAGUCCACACGAAAUCGAUGAACUUGAAUUGCGAAUAGGCGAUUUUAUAUAUUUGAAUAGUGAUUCUGUGGACAAUUCUUGUGAUGGAUGGGUCGAGGGUAUAUCGUGGUUAACUGGUAUGACUGGAUACUUGCCGGUGAAUUAUACUGAACGCACAGCCGAGUCGGACGCAUGGACUAUGCAUAGAGUUGUUCAAUUAUCUAAAUCCAUAACACCGUCGUUGACAUCAGUUGAAGAAAUUGAUAUUGUAGACGGACGAAGUUUGUCCACAGACCAAGACGAACGAAGGGAAUUACAUCCAGGUCAUUUACAUCAAGAUCUUAUUGAAGGCUCCUCUUUUACCGAAGAAUCAGAUUUAAGCGCUGAACGAUUUCUGCGAAAAUCCUUAAUUAAUCGUUGCAUUGAGAUUCCUUCGGUUCUACAACCAGUACAUCCACCAACAGAGUUAGACAACGACGCUGACAUAGACAGCCCAAGUAUGCAGUCCGAAAAGACUAAAGAUCUGAGCACAUCACAAGUGAAAAAAAAUCGUAAAGUCUAUAUAAUGAGACAUGGAGAGAGGGUUGAUUUCACAUUUGGCACUUGGAUUCCUUAUUGUUUUGAUGAAUUCAAUAAUUAUGUAAGAAAAGAUCUCAACAUGCCAAAAUCAUUACCUAAAAGGAAAAAUUGUCCAGAAGGCUGGCAAAAUGAUUCACCAUUAACGAAUAUUGGACUCUUUCAAGCUAAGCUAGUUGGAGAGGCAAUGUACGAGGCUGGAAUUCAAAUCGAUCAUGUGUAUUGUUCGCCAGCUUAUCGUUGUGUCCAAACAUGCACAAGUGCCCUAGAAGGUCUUAAACUAAAUGGAAAACACAAGCUACGCGUUGAAGCUGGGCUUUUUGAAUGGAUGGCCUGGUAUCCAGAUGGAGUACCAGACUGGUGUAGCUUAGACGAGUUAAUUGAAGCACGUUACCACAUCGACAAAGAAUACGAACCACUAUUAAAUGGGACCAAUCUAAAUGACGUCAUCAAAGAAACAUCCGAAGAAUUUUACAAUCGAAAUCAUGAAUGUCUUUUGAAAAUCAUUGAAUCAACAACUGGAAAUAUAUUGAUUGUUGCACAUGCGACAACAUUAGACACCUGCUCGCGUCAAUUGAUGGGUGAAAAUCCACGUUCCACAAAUGAACUACGACAGGUCAUCCAUAAGAUCCCCUAUUGCAGUCUGGCUACUGUAGAGCAGAUAAACGGUGAAUGGAAAUUGAUUGAACCUGAAUGCCUGCCAGUGACGCACUCGAAGAAUCCACGUUUCGAAUGGAACGCACUAACUGCCACAUAGUGUUCGUGCUUUGAAGAUCUUCUACAACCAAUAGUGCAGUAGAGUGUAGUGUUUUUUUAUACAUAGACAACAAAACAGAAAAAUAAAUAAAAUCACUAACGAUACGUAGGAAACAUACAUUCAUUAAAUAUAUAUCAAAUAAUUAACUAAUUAAUUAAUUACAAUUAUUAUUAACGUAUUGUAUUCUUCAUCACAAUUCUGUACUGCCUUGGAUAAAUAUAUUUUCCAAGAUAGGAACAAAAUUAUUGUUAAAUUAUUAUUACUAUUUUUAUUAUUGAAUUUAAUUAUUAUUAAUAUUAUUAUUAUUAUUAUUCACAUAAUACAUUUUUUAAAAACAAAUCUACCCAUUUCUAUACAAAAACCUAUACAAAUAUCAGUUGAAAUAAUAAAAACAAAUAACAUAUUUUAACAAGAACAACAUUUCGAAUCCUAGUUUGUUGGAUAGUAUUAUAAAAUUAUUAUAGACUUGUAUCAGUAGAUAUUACCAGUGAUUGAAAGAAGACAAGAGUUUUUGUAAUCAAUAUAUAAUUAUUUGCUACUAUUAAAUUACCUCUUAUUCAGUAUACACAAACAUAAAAUGAAAA